AAUUAGUAGACCCCACAGUCCAAACUUGACAAGAACGCAGAAAUUUCAAUUUCAAGACUCACUCACUAUUCUCUCUUCUUAUUCUUCUUCUAUUCAACUCAACUACUUUGGUGCGUUCUGUGUCACCAAAAUUCAACAACGAUGAGAAUCUCAUUCUUCAUUUCUCUUCUUCUUCUUCUUACGAUUUCUACUGUUGCCGCCAACCACGGCGUUUUCAACGUCCAGUACAAAUUCUCCGACGAUCAACAACGCUCUCUCUCCGUUCUCAAAGCUCAUGACUACCGCCGUCAAAUCUCCCUUCUCACCGGUGUCGACCUUCCUUUAGGCGGCACCGGCCGCCCUGAUUCCGUCGGGCUUUAUUAUGCGAAAAUUGGAAUUGGAACUCCGUCAAAGGAUUAUUAUUUGCAAGUGGAUACUGGAACUGAUAUGAUGUGGGUUAAUUGUAUUCAAUGCAAAGAGUGUCCUACUAGAAGUAACCUUGGUAUGGAUCUUACGCUCUACAACAUAAAAGAGUCUUCAUCUGGUAAAUUAGUUCCGUGUGAUCAAGAGCUCUGCAAAGAGAUAAAUGGUGGUCUUCUGACGGGAUGCACUAGUAAAACUAACGAUUCCUGUCCAUAUCUGGAGAUAUAUGGUGAUGGCAGCUCCACUGCAGGUUACUUUGUAAAGGAUGUUGUACUAUUUGAUCAAGUGUCUGGAGACCUUAAAACUGCUUCGGCUAAUGGAAGUGUUAUAUUUGGGUGUGGUGCUAGACAAUCUGGAGAUCUAAGUUAUUCAAACGAAGAAGCGCUUGAUGGGAUACUUGGAUUUGGAAAAGCUAAUUAUUCAAUGAUUUCACAACUUUCUUCUUCUGGCAAAGUGAAAAAGAUGUUUGCUCAUUGCUUAAAUGGAGUAAAUGGAGGUGGUAUAUUUGCAAUUGGGCAUGUUGUACAACCUACAGUGAACACGACUCCGUUAUUACCUGACCAGCCACAUUACAGUGUCAACAUGACGGCGAUUCAAGUUGGCCAUACUUUCCUUAAUCUCUCGACAGAUGCAUCUGAACAAAGAGACAGUAAAGGGACAAUAAUUGACAGUGGUACAACCUUGGCCUAUCUACCAGACGGGAUCUAUCAGCCAUUAGUAUAUAAGAUUCUUUCUCAGCAACCCAACCUAAAAGUUCAAACUCUCCACGACGAGUAUACAUGCUUUCAAUAUUCUGGAAGUGUUGAUGAUGGAUUUCCAAAUGUCACCUUUUAUUUUGAAAAUGGACUCUCCUUGAAGGUUUAUCCACACGAUUAUUUGUUUCUUUCUGAAAAUUUGUGGUGUAUUGGUUGGCAAAAUAGUGGGGCACAAUCUAGAGAUAGUAAGAAUAUGACUUUAUUGGGAGAUUUGGUGCUUUCAAAUAAACUUGUCUUUUAUGACCUUGAAAAUCAGGUUAUUGGAUGGACUGAGUACAACUGUUCAUCGAGUAUCAAAGUGAGGGAUGAAAAGACCGGAACAGUUCAUUUAGUCGGUUCCCACACUAUUUCUUCCUCUUUCGCUCUAAAUACCAACUUGAUGACAAUCUUAUUUCUAAUUGUACUACUACUAUUCAUGUUGAUUUAUUGAAAUGGAUUAACUGAUACAUAUAACCAAAGUCAAAAGUAUGGUUAAAAUGAUUGAAAAUAGAAAUAACAUAAAAUUGCUCUGGGAGAAAUCAACACUGCAGUAACUCCAUGAUUUUGUAAACGUGCUUUCAAAGAAAGCCAGAUUGGGACCCUUCGCUGUGGAUACUAUUUUUCUUCCAAUGGCGAAUCUGUAUAUUGCAAUAGCCUAACACUAAAUUGUAUAUGAUAUUAGACUUUGGUUUUAGUAUUGGUUUCUAUGUCAAAUGUAUAAACUAAUAACUUGUAUGGAAUGUUGGAUAUAGCUAUUAGAUACAACUCGUCGAGACAGGAUAACUCACUAAUUUUGUACUACACUAUUUCAAUGCUAGCAGCGUUGCCUUUGUUUA